GGCACUUCCGGUUCCGCCUCGGCCAUGCGGGGGUGCUGGCGGGCGGCGGCGGCGGCCAUCGGAGCGGGCGGCGGGCGGGCUGCGGGCCGCGGUCGCUGCCUCAUGGCUAAAAGCAAGUUCGAGUACGUGCGGGACUUCGAGGCGGACGACACCUGCCUGCCCAACUGCUGGAUAGUGGUGCGCCUGGACGGCCGCAACUUCCACAGGUUUGCUGAACAGCACGAGUUCAAGAAGCCAAACGAUGACCGCGCUCUUCACCUGAUGACCAGGUGUGCCCAGACGGUGAUGCAGGAGCUGGAGGAUAUCGCUAUCGCUUAUGGGCAGAGCGAUGAGUACAGUUUUGUUUUCAAAAGGAAAAGUAAAUGGUUUAAAAGAAGAGCAAGUAAGUUCAUGACGCACGUGGUCUCGCAGUUUGCCUCCAGUUACGUUUUCUAUUGGAAGGAUUACUUCAAGGACCAGCAGCUUCUGUACCCACCAGGAUUUGAUGGACGAAUUGUGCUGUAUCCCAGCACCCAGAACUUAAAGGACUACCUCAGCUGGAGACAAGCAGACUGCCAUAUUAAUAACCUUUAUAAUACGGUGUUUUGGAUGCUUGUACAGCGAAGUGGUUUGACACCAGUGCAAGCACAGGAUAGACUCCAGGGAACGCUGGCUGGAGAUAAGAAUGAAAUUUUAUUUUCUGAAUUCAACAUCAACUACAACAAUGAGCCUUUGAUGUAUAGAAAAGGAACCGUCCUAAUAUGGCAGAAGGUUAAUGAAGUCACGACCAAGAAAAUAAAACUGCCAAAGGAAACAGAAGAACAGGAAAUUGAAGUGACACGGACUAGGACUAAAGUUGUUCCCCUGCACUGUGACAUUAUUGGGGACCAGUUCUGGGAGGAAUAUCCUGAGAUUCUGGCUGAGGAUAGUUGAUAUCUCUGCUGAGUGUAAUUGGUAGUUAAUGUUUUGCUCUGCGUGGGUUGUUGGCACCUGAGGAGCAUGGACGGUGGCUGGCAGUUCGACUUACAUUCCCCUUCAGCAACUUCAGCAGAAGCUUUACAGCAGCUUUUAGCGCUGUGGUUGCAUGAAAAAGAGGCAAUGGAAUGUUAUCUGACAUACAAGGAUAGAUGUAUAUCCAUUUGGAAAAUCCAAAAUCAUAUUUUAAAUGUUAAGAACUCAUCAUAAACCAAUUGUUCCUUGUAAUUGCAUAUUUGUAGAAAAAGCAUAUAAAAAUGGCAGCUAUUUCUAUAGCAUUUAAAUCAUUGGGUAUUGUAAUGAACUGCCAAAUGAUUAAAAACAAACAAAAUUAAAAAAUUGUACAUCUGAGCAGUUAAAAGCAGAAGAAAAAAUACCACUUUUUUUCUUUCAGAUAAGAGACAGUUGGCAUUUAGUAUUAAAUUUCAAGGCCACUGUGUUUGACUGACCUUAGCAACAAAUUGUUCAACUGCACAAUGUCUUAUCCUUACAGAAGGGAAAGCCUAGCAGUUUCUUUGGCUGAUUUUAAAAGCUUUUGUCAAAUGUACAGGAUUUUUAUACUUUUUAAAAUAUUAAAAACUAAUGAUUUAUCCUC